AUGGCAACAAUCCCCGCACGCCUCGCGCAGCGUAGCAUCGUCUCCUCUUCCCUCUCCGAGUCCCGUGCCAGGUCUCGCGCCCUCUAUCGAGACUUCUACCGCUCUGCACCAGAGAUCUGCACCUUGUAUGCUCUCGAUGUUCCACCUUCCACGCUCAGGGCAAAGAUCAGGACUAAAUUCGAGGAGAGACGCCAUAUCACAGACAUGUCCGUAUUGGAUGUGCUUUUGCACAAGGCGAGGGUAGACUACCAGGAGACGAUGAAUGCUUGGAAGCAAACACCGCAUGUGAUGAAAAUGUUCGCCGCCGAGGAGGCUCAACCGAUGCCAGAGACUUUCCUCGAGAAGUUCUACGCAUCAAAGGACGAGGGAAGGGGGACCAUCUUCCAGGGCAACUAG